AUGUCUCGUGGCGGCACCACUCUCUACGUGACCGGCUUUAGCCACGGCACCCGCGCUCGCGACCUCGCCUACGAGUUCGAACGCUACGGCCGACUGGUUCGCUGCGAUAUUCCCGCACCCCGGUCUACGUCUUCCCGGCUCUUCGCUUUCGUUGAGUACGAGGACCGUCGUGAUGCCGAUGAUGCCUACCAUGAGAUGCACAACAAGCGCAUCGGUCGCGAUGACAUUUUGAAGAUUGAGUGGGCUCGUACUCCUCCCUCUGCUUCAUGGCGCUUCGAAUCUGGACGCGACCGUGACCGACGUGGUGGCGCUCGCUCCCCUCGGCGUGGACGCUCUCCUUCUCCUCGCCGCAGCACUCGCGAUUAUUCUCCUCGCAAGGACGACCGUAGGGACCGUGACCGAGACUAUGAUCGCGAGAGCCGACGUGACAGGGAUCGGUCUCGCAGCCCUGACCAUCGGGACCGUGAGCGUGACUCCAAAGAUGACCGUGAUGAUCGUGACCGACGGGAGAACGGUACGAAUGGUGACGAGCGCAAGGCUCUCGAUAGUCCUCCUCCUGCUCACGACGAUCUUGAUGUUGCCGAGUAG